UACAAUCAGUACGUAUGUAUAACGCGGUUCAUUCACUGAUCUUUUAUCGUGGCGGCAAGUUCACCAUGCAAUCGGUUAUACUACGUUACUACCGGAUUAACAAGACCUUCAUGUCACAGAUUGGCGUGUGGCCUUAUCAGAGCAGAACCCUGAGGAUAUUAAUACCGUGUACGAUAGUGUUAAUCGACCUCAGCUAUAUUACAGCGGAGAUAAUAGGAAUGCUCGAUAGUUGGGGUAACAUUGAUAUCGCAGUCGAGUGCAUAUUUUCAAUAUUAUUUCUAGUCGGCUGCUUUGCGAAAUUAUUCAACCUUAUCUUUAAGACUAAGGAGAUGCGGCACUUGUUUUCUUUAAUUGAAUAUCAUUGGCAAGUGUUUACCAAUUCCACAGAUAUCGAGAUCAUGGAGGAUUACGUUACGUUCGGUAGAAAAGUAGUAAUAUUUUAUGCAACUUAUAUUUAUUUGUCGAUGUUACUAUACUUGAUAAUACCGGUGUCGCCGCAAAUCAUGGACAUUGUAAUGCCUCUCAAUGUCAGUCGCCCGCGAAGGUUACUGCUCGAGGUCGAGUACCGUGUAGACCAGGAGAAAUACUACUAUCCCAUUUUAUUCCAUUCGUAUAUGACGGUUCUAGGGACCAUAUCGAUUAUGGUGUGCGUUGACACAACAUAUAUAGCAUACGUACAACAUGGUUGCAGUUUAUUCGCAGCCGUUGGGUAUCAAUUAGAGCAUAACAUUGUCUUGAAAGAAGACGUCAAUGAGACGAGCCAUUUGACGAGAAGCAAAAAGAGAACACAUCGAGAUGUAGAAGCCGAAGAUAUUUGCGUCAAAGAGAAGACGAUUUUUCGUGAAUUGGUCAUGUGCUUGCGAAAACAUCAGCUUGCAAUACAGUAUGUUUACUUAUUAGAAUCUUCCUUCAUGAUAUCAACUGGUAUCCAAGUGUUAUGUAAUGUGAUAUGCGCAAGCCUUAUAGGAAUUCAACUAAUCAGUAAGUUCGAUAAUACCGAAGAGCUUAUUAGAUACAUUUGCUUAUGUGUAGGGGCGUUUUUUCAUCUUCUGUUCUUGAUUUUGCCAGGACAGCGAUUGAUGGACCACAGCUUAAAUGUGUUUAAUAGCGCUUGUAGGUCAUAUUGGUAUGCGUUUUCGUUAAAAAACAAGAAAAUAUUGCAGAUAUUACUUUAUCGAAGUAUCACACCGUGCAUGUUAACUGCCGGUAAAAUAUACGUGAUGUCGAUGGCCAAUUAUAAAAAAUACUACGCCAUCAACAUAUUAUUUUUGUCACGAAUCGGUGGUUGGCCAUAUCAGCGUAAAAUAAUAAAAAUAUUGGUACCAUGUCUUUUAACAAUAAUGCUGUAUUCUAACGUUACAUCUCAGGUAUUUCUAUUAUACGACACUUGGGGUGAUAUAGACAUCGCUGUUGAAUGUACAAUUGGUCUUACUCUUCUUUUUGGCUGUAACGUAAAGUUAUUUAAUAUCAUUUUAAAUAAUGACAAAUUUCGACAAUUGUUGCAACUUAUGAACGAACACUGGGAGCUUUUUAAUAAUGAAUACGAACGUUAUAUCUUGAGAUAUUAUGCUAGUAUCGGCCAAAAAGUAACAAAUUAUUUUGCAGUGUAUUUUAUUAUAAGCUUGAUAAUUUAUUUGCUAAUUCCAUUGGUACCAAGAAUUUUGGAUAUCGUAAUUCCGCUGAACGAGUCGCGACCAUUGGCAUACAUUUAUCAGGCUGAAUACAGAGUGGACAAAGAGAAAUAUUACUAUCCAAUCAUAUUGCAUUCUUACAUUUCGACUAUACUUAUAAUAGUAAUUCUGUUCGCUAUUGAUACCACAUAUAUAGUGUGUGUAUUGCAUACUUGUAGUCUAUUUACAGCUAUCAGCCAGCGUAUUGAAAAUAUUAUUGGCGAGGCAGACAUUAAGUCAGACAAUAACGAAAAAAUACAUACAAAGACGCAUUACCAUCUAGAAAUUUUUAUCACGGAAAAUCACGGUUCUACCGACAAUGAUUAUUGUGAAUUAAUGAUGUGCUUGAAAAAACAUCAACUUGCAAUAGAACACGCUCAAAUGCUAGACUCCAUGUUCACUCACGCGACAUUCAUUCUUCUAUUUCUGAAUGUGCUGCUUUUGAGUGUGAUGGGAAUAGAACUUAUCAAUGACGUGGGACAUACUGAAGAACUAAUAAGACAUAUUUUUGUAACUUUUGUUGUCUUUACUCAACUUGUAUGUAUGUGUAUUCCUGGACAAUUGCUGAUAGACCAAAGCACCGAAAUUUUCAACAAAGCAUGCAGUUCGAGAUGGUAUUCAUUUUCCAUAAAAACUAGAAGAUUAUUAAGAAUACUUCUUUACAGAAGUCUUGUUCCGUGUACACUCACGGCUGGAAAGAUGUUCGUUAUGUCCAUGACUAUGUGUAGUUCGACUCUUUUGCCAACACAAAAGCCAAAUGCAGACACAGAUGGCUAUAGUCUUGGCAUGGGUUUCUGA